UUGUCCGACUCUAAUGACUUGGAAAUUAGAAAUAUGUGUACUGAAUUAUCUGAGUUUGCUUCAGAUAAUAAUGUUAAAAAUAUAUACAACAGAGCAGAGAGAAAAUAUAUGGAUUCCAUCAGCUCACCAUUUGCUGGGGUAACAAAAACCUACAACCUAGGAGACUUUGACAUGACUGUAGUUAAGAUGAACACCACAGAACUCAGGCUUGUUCAGAUCUCUGCUCCAAAGCUGUGUGAUGAUGAUCCACCCAUUAUUUUAUUCAUCCCUACUGAACCUUUUUGGAAUGAUGCAGUGGAGCAGCUCAAAGUUGGGGUAGUUGCGCAUCCCUCUGUCCAACUGUUUAUAAAUGACUUGUACCCUGCAUUGGAGUUUGAAAUCAUUCACAUGGAAACUGACGGACAUGAGAUCAAGAACUUGUCCAACCGACUUGUUAUCAACUUUACAGUGAAUGGUAGUGAAAUAAUACCGGUGCCUGAUGAUAAUCUUCCUUUGGAUGUUUUUGUCCCUACUGAACCAUUUUUGAAUGUCUCAGAGGAGCAGUGCAAAGUUGGCAUACUGACAUAUCCCUCUGCCGAAGAGUUUAUGGCCAAAGGCAUUUGUGUUGAAAUUGUGGAACGUGAACUUAUGGAUUUGUCCAACCGACUUGUUAUCAACUUUACAUUGAACAACAGUGAAAUAAUACCCGGAAACCAAACCCUGUCAUGUCAGUUCUAUGAUGAAAAAGAGAAUACCUGGAAUGACACAGGGUUUUUCACCGACCUGAACAACUUUGAUAGUAGCAAAACUGGAAACUGCUCAUAUGAUCAUACGACUCCCUUCGCUGUACUUCUGGUUUACAUGGCACUACCUAAUCAGCACCAGCUGAAAAACCUGUCCUGCAUUCAUUACACAGCUAAAAGGAAUGAGAACUUUUUCUUCGAAAACAGCAUCGAAUUGGAAAUUGCAGAAAACCUUACUACAUUACACUGCAACUGUGGGGUGUCCCAGUGUUCUGCAGAGUGCACAUCUGUCAAUCUCACCACAAAUAUAAUGGGUGUAAACAAAAUAAGUGUGGUAGAAAAUCGUUCAGUUACAGCUCAAAGCAACACUUUUGUUGUCAAUAUAAGUGAGCAAGAGAUCACAUGUAAUGUCACAAAAUGUGAUUUAGAUGAAAUAAGGGCAUUGAUAAGUAAUUCAUCCAACUCUAGUGCCCUGAAAGACUUAAAAAGAUUAAGACAAAUAAAAAAAAUGUGCAAUAAAUUCUUUGCUAAUGAGAGUAACUUUAAAAAUAUAUACAUCAGGGCUGAGAAGAAGUACAUCCACUCCCUCAUCACCUUACCGUUUAAUGAAACAACCAAGAACUAUGACCUAGAGGAAUUUAACAUGACUGUAGUUAAUAUGUGUAGGAUGAACACCACAGAUCCUAGGCUUGUAGAAAUCUCUGCUCCAAAGGUGCCUGAUGAUGAUCUUCCUUUGGAUGUUUUUGUCCCUACUGAACCAUUUUCAAAUGUCUCAGCGGAUCAGUGCAAAGUUGGCAUAGUGACAUAUCGCUUUGCCGAUCAGUUUAUGAAUAAUUCAUACCUUGGGUUUGAGACCAAAGUCAUUCGUGUUGAAACUGUGGAACGUGAGCUUAAGGACUUGCCCCGUCUACUUGUUAUCAACUUUACAGUGAACAAUAAUGAAAUGAUACCCGGAAACCAAACCCUGUCAUGUCAGUUCUAUGACGAAAAUGAGCACAAGUGGAAAAACACAGGGUCUUACACCAACUUUAAUAGCCGCAACAUUGUAACGUGCUCAUAUGAUCAUAUGACCCCCUUCGCUGUACUUCUGGUUUACAUGCCACCACCUAAUCAGCAGCCAAAAAACCUGUCCUGUAUUAAUGACUCAGCUAAAAGGACUGAGAACUUUUUCUUCUACAACAGCACCGAAUUGGAAAUUGCAGAAAACCUUACUACAUUACACUGCAACUGGGGGGCAUCCCAGUGUUAUGCAGAGUGCACCUCUGUCAAUCUCACCACAAAUAUAACGGGUGUAAACAACAUCAGUGUGGUAGAAAAUCAUUCAAUCCCAACUCAAAACAAAAUUUUUGUCUUCAAUAUAAGUGAGCAAGAGAUCAAAUGUAAUGUAACAAAGUGUGAUUUGGAGGAAAUGAGUGGAUUGAUAAGUAAUUCAUCCAAAUCUAGUGACCUGAAAGACUUAAAAAGAUUAAGACAAAUUAAAAAAAUGUGCAAUAAAUUGUUUGCUACUGACAGUAACUUUAAAAGAAUGUACAUCAGGGCUGAGAAGAAGUACAUCCACUCCCUCAUCACCUUACCGUUUAAUGAAACAACCAAGAACUAUGACCUAGAGGAAUUUAACAUGACUGUAGUUAAUAUGUGUAGGAUGACCACCACAGUUCCUAGGCUUGUAGAAAUCUCUGCUCCAAAGGUGCCUGAUGAUGAUCUUCCUUUGGAUGUUUUUGUCCCGACUGAACCAUUUUCAAAUGUCUCAGAGGAGCAGUGCAAAGUUGGCAUAGUGACAUAUCGCUUUGCCGAACAGUUUAUGUCACAGAAUAAUUCAUACCUGGGGUUUGAGAUCAAAGUCAUUCGUGUUGAAACUGUGGAACGUGAGCUUAAGAACUUGCCCUGUCUACUUGUUAUCAACUUUACAGUGAACAAUAGGGAAAUGAUACCCAAAAACCAAACCCUGUCAUGUCAGUUCUGUGAUGAAAACGAGCACAAGUGGAAAAACACAGGGUCUUACACCAACUUUAAUAGCCACAACAUUGUAACGUGCUCAUAUGAUCAUAUGACCCCCUUCGCUGUACUUCUGGUUUACAUGCCACCACCUAAUCAGCAGCCAAAAAACCUGUCCUGUGUUAAUGACUCAGCUAAAAGGAAUGAGAACUUUUUCUUCUACAACAGCACCGAAUUGGAAAUUGCAGAAAACCUUACUACAUUACACUGCAACUGGGGGGCAUCCCAGUGUUAUGCAGAGUGCACCUCUGUCAAUCUCACCACAAAUAUAACGGGUGUAAACAACAUCAGUGUGGUACAAAAUCAUUCAAUCACAACUCAAAACAAAAGUUUUGUCUUCAAUAUAAGUGAGCAAGAGAUCAAAUGUAAUGUAAUAAAGUGUGAUUUGGAUGAAAUAAGGGCAUUGAUAAGUAAUUCAUCCAACUCUAGUGACCUGAAAGACUUAAAAAGAUUAAGACAAAUUAAAAAAAUGUGCAAUAAAUUGUUUGCUACUGACAGUAACUUUAAAAGAAUGUCCAUCAGGGCUGAGAAGAAGUACAUCCACUCCCUCAUCACCUUACCGUUUAAUGAACCAACCAAGAACUAUGACCUAGAGGAAUUUAACAUGACUGUAGUUAAUAUGUGUAGGAUGACCACCACAGUUCCUAGGCUUGUAGAAAUCUCUGCUCCAAAGGUGUCUGAUGAUGAUCUUCCUUUGGAUGUUUUUGUCCCGACUGAACCAUUUUCAAAUGUCUCAGAGGAGCAGUGCAAAGUUGGCAUAGUGACAUAUCGCUUUGCCGAACAGUUUAUGUCACAGAAUAAUUCAUACCUGGGGUUUGAGAUCAAAGUCAUUCGUGUUGAAACUGUGGAACGUGAGCUUAAGAACUUGUCCCGUCGACUUGUUAUCAACUUUACAGUGAACAAUAGUGAAAUGAUACCCAAAAACCAAACCCUGUCAUGUCAGUUCUAUGAUGAAAACGAGCACAAGUGGAAAAACACAGGGUCUUACACCAACUUUAAUAGCCACAACAUUGUAACGUGCUCAUAUGAUCAUAUGACCCCCUUCGCUGUACUUCAGGUUUACAUGCCACCACCUAAUCAGCAGCCAAAAACCCUGUCCUGUGUUAAUGACUCAGCUAAAUGGAAUGAGAACUUUUUCUUCUACAGCAGCACCGAAUUGGAAAUUGCAGAAAACCUUACUACAUUACACUGCAACUGGGGGGCGUCCCAGUGUUAUGCAGAGUGCACCUCUGUCAAUCUCACCACAAAUAUAACGGGUGUAAACAACAUCAGUGUGGUAGAAAAUCAUUCAAUCACAACUCAAAAAAAAUUUUUUGUCUUCAAUAUACGUGAGCAAGAGAUCAAAUGUAAUGUAACAAAGUGUUAUUUGAAGGAAAUGAGUGGAUUGCUAAGUAAUUCAUCCAAAUCUAGUGACCUGAAAGACUUAAGAAGACCAACACAAAUUAAAAAAAUGUGCAAUAAAUUGUUUGCUACUGACAGUAACUUAAAAGGAAGUUACAUCAGUGCAGAGAAAAAGUACAUCGACUCCCUCAUCACCUUACCGUUUAAUGAAGCAACCAAGAACUAUGACCUAGAGGAAUUUAACAUGACUGUAGUAAAGAUGGAUAUGAUGAACACCACAGAUCCUAGGCUUGUAGAAAUCUCUGCUCCAAAGCGCCACUUCAGCUCACUUCAUGCUAACAUCGACAAGGAAUUUCCAAAAGGGACUGAACUUCGCAAGAACAAGUUGGCCACUUUAAAGAGUCAGGCAGAAAAACAGGUACAGAUUUUCCAAAAAUUUACGAAGCACUCAGAGACAGUAACGCUUGCAUCGUAUCAACUGGCUUGGAACAUUGCACUGGCUGAAAAGCCAUACAACGAAGGGGAGUUUGUUAAGAAAUGCCUCAGUGACGCUGUUGAAAUCUUGUCUCCUGAAAAUGACAAACUAAAACUCAUGGUAUCAGACAUCCAACUGUCCCACCACACUGUUGAACACAGGAUAUCGGACAUUAACACAGCUAUUGAAUCACAGUUGCACUCCGACCUUCAGGCCUGUGCAUAUUUUAGUGUCGCUUUAGAUGAGAGUUGUUACAUAGAAGACAAGCCUCAGUUAGCAAUAUUUGCACGCUCUGUGUCAAACGAUUGUGUGAUCAAAGAAGAACUCCUUGAUAUUGUGCCAUUGAAAGACAGAACCCAUGGUAUAGAUGUGAAAGAAACAAUGAUGGCUGCAUUUGAAAAAGCAAAUUUGCCCAUACAUAAACUAACUGCGAUAGCCACGGAUGGAGCGCCAGCCAUGAUCGGAUCCAUGAAUGGGCUUGUCGGGCUGUGCAAAGCUGACGAAACAUUUCCCGAGUUUUGGAAUUUCCACUGCAUCAUCCACAGGGAGCAACUCGUGUCUAAAUCACUGAAUUUAGACAACGUCAUGAAACCUGUGAUGGAAAUCGUCAACUACAUCCGCACACAUGCUCUUAACCACAGGCAAUUCAAGAAUCUCAUCACUGAGCUUGACCAAGGGCUUCCAGGUGAUCUGCCACUGCACUGCACUGUGAGGUGGCUGUCAAAAGGCAAGGUACUCUCUCGCUUCUUUGAACUUUUGGAUGCCGUGAAACUGUUCAUGGAAGAGAAGGACAAGGACUAUCCGGAGCUCUCGGACCUCAAGUGGAUUAUGGAUCUGGCCUUUUUGGUCGACAUGUUGUGCCACUUGGACAGACUGAACCUUACCCUGCAGGGUAAAUUAAAAGUGCUGCCUGACCUGGUGCAAAGUGUGUUUGCGUUUGUCAACAAACUGAAGCUGUUCAAGGCGCACAUUCAAAAGGGAGAUUUAACGCAUUUUCCCACUCUGCUAAAAGCCAGCGGCUGCUGGAUUACUGACCCUCGCUUUCUGUAUGGCAUGAACAUCACCUACUUCUGCUUAAUGUUCCUGUUCAACACAUGCGUUCUGGUGGCAGUGACACGUCAGAUCUUUAAGCUGCAGCGCUUGAAUGUCAGAGACAGGAAAUUUCCAUCUUGUAAGGACAUUUGCACUGUCGUGGGCCUGACCUUCCUGCUGGGAAUGACAUGGGGUUUGGUUUUCUUCACCUCAGGAUACACAAACUACCCCGUUCUUUACCUCUUCUGUAUCUUCAACUCCCUGCAAGUGAUGGAUCAGAUCUUUAAGCUGCAGUCCUUGAACGUCAGAGACAGGAAGCUUCCCUCUCAUAAGGACAUUUGCACUGUCCUGGGCCUGACCUUCCUGCUGGGAAUGCCUUGGGGUUUGGCUUUCUUCACCUCAGGAUACACUAACUAUCCCGUUCUUUACCUCUUCUGUAUUUUCAACUCCCUGCAAGACUAUAUCCGACUCCAACAGACUACCCAGUGUGAGUUUAGAGACUGCUGCGUCCUUGUUUUCAUGGAGACGUGGCUCAGAGACCGAGUUCUGGACAUCGACAUUCAGCUAGAUGGGCCAGCUUCAUUCUGA